UGCGUGCACCAUGCAAACGCUAUUGAUUCUAGUUGCUGUAUCUGUGGUGGUACAUAAUUAUGUUGUUGGACUAAAAUCGUACAGAGUUUUGGAUACCUAUGACAACCACCUGUGCAAUAGACCAUGUCAAGUGAACAGACCUCAGACCUGCUACUACGAUUUCGAGCUGGAGCUCUACUUUGCGCUUCCUAAGGGUUGUUUCGACUGUCCCCGGAACAAGACCGACUGCGCCCGUCCCCACUGUAUAGCGGCGGACGGCGUCAGUAGAGCAGUGUAUACCGUCAACCGGAUGCUGCCCGGGCCAGCUAUACACGUCUGUGAAAACGAUACGAUCGUCGUGAAUGUUGUGAACCACCUGACGAACGGCGAGGGGACAAGUAUCCACUGGCAUGGCGUCCUGCAGCAUGACUCGCAGUUCAUGGAUGGCGUCGCUAUGGUGACGCAGUGUCCUAUUCCAAUAAGAGGAUCAUUUGAAUACAGGUUCAAAGCUGAAAACGCUGGUACCCAUUUCUGGCAUGCGCACUCUGGCCUGCAGCGUGCCGACGGCCUAUUUGGUGCCCUUGUAGUGAGACAACCGGACGAGCUGGAACCACACCUCGGCAUUUACGACUUCGAUUUACCGGAGCAUACGCUCAUUGUGAACGACUGGUUGAAUGAACUGAGCAUAAACCGGUUCGCUCAUCACCACGUCGCCGGUGGAGACAACAAACCGAGGUCAAUGCUUAUUAACGGCAAAGGUCGCUUACAAAACUUCACCCACGAAGACAACACCACCAUCUAUACGCCUGUGCACGUGUUUACCGUGUCUCGAGGCAGACGAUACCGAUUUAGAAGCAUUAGUAACGGAAUACUGAACUGUCCAAUUCAGAUUUCCAUUGACAAUCACACGAUGACCAUGAUAGCUUCCGACGGCAACGCAUUCGAGCCCCUGGAAGUGGAAACGUUCAACAUAUUCGCCGGUGAAAGGUUUGACUUUGUACUCUCCGCCGUUAUGCCCGUCGGCAACUAUUGGAUCCGAACGCGCGGACUUGCCGAUUGCGGGGUGAAGAGCGCGCAUCAGGUCGCAAUUUUGCGGUACCAAGGUGCCCCUGAUCAAGAUCCUCCAUUAAAUGUAUCGUGGGACCUUGGAAAUAGAAGUGGAAAGAAACUCAACCUUUGGAACCAGAGGUCCGGACCGGAUCAAAUUGCGGUAGCAGACCUGACGUCAAAGAACGUGCACAAUACUGCACUGUUAAAGGAGAUCCCGGACAAAAAAGUCUAUCUUGCCAUGGACUUUAACUCAAUCGACAACUAUCACUUUCAUGAUGAGAGUUACUACCCCUUGGCGACCGUCCAGAAGGCCUUCAAAUUGCUGUCGCCGCAGAUGAAUCACAUCAGCAUGGUGUUGCCGCACGCGCCACCCCUGUCACAGCUUAAAGACAUACCAGAUACAUCCUUUUGCAAUGCUGACAACACCGGAAGCACGAACUGCUCGGAGGAAUUCUGCGAAUGUGUUCACCGUAUACAGGUCGACCUUGGCGAUACAGUGGAACUGGUGGUCAUUGAUGAGGGUGUACCUUUCAAUGCGAACCACCCCAUGCAUCUGCACGGUCACGCAUUCCACGUGGUUGGAAUGGAUAGGCUCGGCGAGAACACAUCACUGUCUCAGGUCAAAGAGCUAGAUGCACAAGGAAAGCUACCCCGCAAUCUGCGUACUGCGGUGCUUAAGGACACAGUUACCGUCCCCGACGGCGGAUAUGCCAUUCUCCGUUUCCAUGCUGAUAAUCCAGGUUUCUGGUUCUUCCACUGCCACAUCGAGUUCCACGUGGACAUUGGGAUGGGGAUCCUCAUACAAGUAGGAAAGGUGGGAGACAUGCCGCCUGUCCCAAAGAACUUUCCGAAAUGCGGCAACUGGGCCUUCAAUGGAAACGAGGACAUCAAACAGACCGAGAAAGUCACCUGUGUGAGCGGGGCCUCGGAGCUAACUUCCGCCUCUUUCAUAUCUUUAAGCGUGCCACUUAUACUGUUCCAUGUAUUGAACUCCAUGAACUAGAAAAACUUUCACGUUCGACGGAUGAUCCGGGUUUUUUGUGUGUACGUAAUAUUUUUGUAUCAUCACGUUCUUAUAUGGACCUUUUUAUUUGUCACUUCUUAAGCUAGAAAUGCAUUCCAUUCCUGUGAUCCGUUU